UAUGACUGAUAUAACGAAUAAUAAUAAUAACAAUCGCAAUCUCGAUUUUCGUAGGAAAAGUCUAGGCGCGACGCGUUAUUGCGAUAGCGAACAUCUUCCACGCCGUGUUAGUAUGUUAUCAUCUCGCUUGGCCCAUAGACCACAGAACGAUUUAAUCGUCCGUGGACGACUGCAUUUUAUCUGAGGCCGUGGUUUUGGUAUUUGUGCGCUUAGGAAGGGGCGGUGAAAACGUAUUACAUUAUCGUGAAUUGUGAUACCGCCAUACGAUAUUAUUAUUAUUAUUAUGCCAUUACUACUACUGUAGUCUGUAAUAUUGUGUAGACGUCAACAAAAAAAAUCCUUAUCAAUAAUUGUGCGUUCUCGCCCUCUCGGAAUUCGCAUUCGCGUCAAAAACGCAGAGAGCGUAACCCUUUGCACGGCAACGUUCGUUUUUCAGUCCAUUGGGUUUGGUAUUUUUCGCGGAAAUUUUGUUUCCAACACGAUACCCGGGUGAUUACAGGCGAGUACCCAAACACGGUCCGCCGAGAUGAUGAGCCGCGCUGAUGGUCUGGUGCAGAGGCGCAACGUCAAUAGGGACAAUACGGACGGCGUGUCCAAGGAGAACGGGCAGUCGGCGGCAGACAAGCUUGACUACGAGGAGGACAUCGACGAUGGUGACUCGAAAGAAACACGGCUCACGUUAAUGGAAGAAGUGCUGCUGCUUGGUCUCAAAGACAAAGAGGGGUAUACAUCAUUUUGGAAUGAUUCAAUUUCAUCUGGCUUACGUGGAUGUAUACUUGUCGAACUUGCACUUCGUCAAAGAAUUGAACUAGAAAAGGCAGGUAUGCGAAGGAAAAGCCUACAAAUGAGAAAAGUAAUUAUAAAAAAUGAGACACCUACAGGUGAUGUUCUAUUAGAUGAAGCUCUCAAGCAUAUCAAAGAGACCAAUCCUCCUGAAACGAUACAAAGUUGGAUUGAAUAUUUGAGUGGUGAAACGUGGAAUCCUUUGAAAAUCAAAUAUCAGCUGAAAAAUGUGAGAGAACGAUUAGCAAAAAAUUUAGUAGAGAAAGGUGUUCUUACCACUGAAAAACAAAACUUCCUUUUAUUUGAUAUGACUACGCAUCCAUUAACAGAUAAUGAAGCUAAAGUGAGACUAGUUAAAAAGGUACAAGAUGCUGUUUUGUCUCGAUGGAUUAAUGAUCCACAUAGAAUGGAUAAACGACUAUUGGCUUUAUUAUUGUUAGCUCAAGCAUCAGAUGUACUGGAAAGUGCAUUUUCUCCACUAAAUGAUGAAGAUUAUGAAUUAGCCACUAGAAGACUAAGAGAAUUAUCAGAUAUGGAUUUAGAAGUUGAGUCAAUGAAAGGUUCUACUAAUGACGUAAUUUGGGCUGUAUUUGCCAAUUUCAAUAAAUAAGUCCAUUUAAGACCAAAUAGUUAACCAACAUUCUUAAUACAUUUCUGGGGGGGAAAUAUAUAUAUGUAAUAAAAAAUAUUGUUGUAUAAUCUUUUGCCAUUUUACGAUUUAUUGAUUUUCGUAAUGAUAUUAUAUUUUUUAUCUAAAAUGCAUUGACUAGAUAAACCUAAUGUAUUUGCAAAAAUGUAAAUAACUAGAAAGUCAAUAGACUGUUGUAUAAAAAAUCAUGGUUAAAUAUCAAAUGUGAAUGCCUUGUAAUAUAUGUGUAUUAAUUAUUUUGUAAUACCAAAUAUUACUUUUUUGGUUAUUAUGAGUUAAACUAAAAUUGUGAGUAGUUAAUUUAUAUGAUACACUUAUAAAAAUAUAAACUUGCAUCUUAUAGUUCAGUAAUAAUACUGAUCAUAUAGCUACAAUUUUAGUGCCAUUUUAUUCUUAAAUCCGCUAUUGUUAUUAAAAAUGUAUUUUUAGUUAAAUUUUUAUGUUGAGAUUUAAGAUAAUUUUGUUUUAUAAGUAUGAAAUAUAUUAUUCCUUUCUUAAAACUACCAAUUUGUAUAAUUAUUUUCAUUAUUCAAUAUUCAUAUAUCAUACUUAUCAAAAUAUUUAUAUUUCAAGUGUUUUUGGAUUUAAUUUUAGUUGUAAAAAUAUCACAAAAAAAAAAGUUUUUGUAUUUACGAUCAUUUACUAAGCUUUGAUAUAAGCAUUUUUACAUAAUACAUUUUACUCCAUUGGAAAUAUUAUAAAUUUCAAGUUCUACAAAAUUCUCCAAUAUCAUGCACCAUCAAACAUUGUUAAUUAAUUUUGGUUGAAGCUACUAGUAAUAUUUUUUUAUUGAUAAAUUAGCUUUGGCUAUUUACAUCUAAUAUACCUUUUUUAUUUUGUCUUCUAGGGGUAUCUUAAGUUAAAUUUUUAUCUUGUUGUAGUAUCAUAUUCUUUUCUUACAUUAUAUAUAAAUUAAAUAAAUAAUAUUCAACAUUAUUGCAGUAUGGGUACUGAGUAUAAUAUAUAUUAACAAUGGUUGUAUGAAAAAAUGCUUUAUUUGGCUGUGAUGGGUUUUCGCAUAAUUUGAUUAAUUUAGUUAGGAAAACAUUGUAUAUAAUUUAUUUAAAAAAUUUGAUUAGAAUAUAAAAAUACAUUAUUAACAUAUUGUACACCAUACAAUUAAAAUGCAAAAUUAUUAUUAUACCAUCAAUAAUUAUGUACAUUAACUUCAUCUAAAUUUAUUUAUUUUAAUUAUUAUUGUGUUUAUUAUAAUAUAUUGUUUUCACUUUAUGUUAAAUAUUUUAAUAUUUUUUUAAAUUAUUAUUAGUAAAUUUAUAAGAACUCUACAAUAUAAUAUAAUUUGUUAAGUAUUAAAAUUGUUGCUUUUAAAAAUCUAUUAAGUUUAUUAUAUUGUGAGGGUUAGGCUAUGGGUAACAUUCUUAUAAUUUUUAUAAAUGGCUUUAAAAAAUAAUAAUAUAAAACAAUAUUUUUACCAUCAUUAUCUACAAGUGUAUGAUUAUAUAAUGAUAUUAAAUUAAUAAUUUUGGAAAAUAUAUAAUACAUAACAAAAAUAACAAUCACAUAAAUUAUAAUGGUUAGUGGUUUUAUAGUGACACAAAAAGUAAGUGGUGAUCAAGCUGUAUCACAACCACAACUAUUAGUUCUAUCUGUAGCCAUAGAUUCUCAUCAUGUUCAUCUAAUGCUUACUGUAAUGUUGAAUGCACUUGCCUUUGUAAAUAACUAUAUUUUUAGUAUUCAUUGUUAAUAUUCAAAACUAGGAUCAAGUUGGUCACUGCUUACUUCUCGUAGCCCUGAUUUUAGCACCUACAUAAAGUAUUUACACAUAUAAUUUUAGUCUUCCAGCGCGCUGUCUACUUAAACAUAAUGACUUAUGUAAUUAUACAUUUAUAAAUAUAAUAAUUUUAAUCUUAUACAAAAAAAUGUAUGUGAACUUUGUACAUCAUUUAAUUGUUUUAAUAAAAAAAUGAAAAGUA